CGAGGCGCUGCUCCCGUCACGGUCAUCCUUUCUCCGUGCACCCCUUCAAACAAUGUUUUAUAUAUUCCGUACGGCUCUUAACCGUUCAUCGACUGCUAAACUCAAGGUUCUGGAUUGAAUCUACCGUCUACAGUUUGCCAUGGCGACGGUGGUGAUGGAGCAGAUCGGUCGCCUGUUUAUCAACGCGCAGCAGCUGCGUCAGAUCCCUCAGCUGCUGGAGUCAGCCUUCCCCACGCUGCCUUGCACUGUGAAGGUGUCUGACGUGCCCUGGGUGUUCCAAGAGCGUCACAUCCUCACCGGCUACAGACAGCCGGACCAAAGCUGGCGCUACUACUUCCUCACCCUCUUCCAAAGGCACAAUGAGACCCUCAAUGUGUGGACCCACCUGCUGGCCGCCCUCAUCAUCUUGGUGAAGUGGCAGGAAAUCUCAGAGACGGUCGAUUUCUUGCGAGACCCUCACGCUCAGCCCCUCUUCAUUGUCCUCCUGGCAGCUUUUACCUACCUCUCCUUCAGCGCGCUCGCUCACCUCCUCUCUGCCAAGUCUGAGCUCUCCUACUACUCCUUCUACUUCCUCGACUACGUUGGGGUCGCUGUUUACCAGUAUGGCAGCGCCUUGGCGCACUACUACUACGCCAUAGAGAAGGAGUGGCACACUAAAGUGCAAGGGCUCUUUUUACCUGCUGCAGCUUUCUUAGCCUGGCUCACCUGCUUCGGCUGCUGCUACGGUAAAUACGCGAGUCCCGAGCUGCCAAAGUUUGCCCUCAAGCUCUGCCAAGUGGUGCCCUCCGCCUUGGCUUACUGUUUAGACAUAAGCCCAGUGGUUCACCGCAUCUACAGCUGCUACCAGGAGGGCUGCUCCGAUCCAGUUGUGGCGUACCAUUUCUACCACGUGGUCUUUUUCCUGAUCAGCGCCUACUUUUUCUGCUGCCCUCACCCAGAGAGUUUAUUCCCUGGGAAGUGUGACUUCAUCGGGCAGGGCCACCAGAUCUUUCACGUGUUUGUGGUGGUGUGCACCCUGACGCAGAUCGAGGCGCUAAAAACGGACUUCACAGAGCGCCGCCCCUUCUACGAACGCCUUCACGGCGACCUUGCGCACGACGCCGUUGCACUCUUCAUCUUCACUGCCUGCUGCAGUGCUCUUACCGCUUUUUACGUGCGCAAUCGCGUCCGUGCCUCUCUGCACGAGAAGGAGGAGUAAGAGUAAAAAAAUGAAUAACAUAAAAUAAUUUAAGUCUGUAGUGACCAUUCAUUAAAAUACUGUUUUUGUCAAUGAAAGUUAUCAGUUUGUGAUAGUGAUUAUUUCUUCUUUAUGUGAGCUGCCAAACUACAGUGAGCUAAAACAAGUGAUUAAGGGUGUGUUUUUGUGAUUUGCUAGAAAAAAAGGGAAUCCUCUAAUCUGUCUGUCGAGAUACAGGUGCGACACUCUAAAGAGUCCCCGAUUCUUGCUCUUUUAUUAGUCUGUUUUUAUGCAUUGUCUAAAAGAAUGUGGUUUUACUACACCGUGCAAAAACAGUCUUUCUGUCAAGGUGAGCUGAACAUUGCAAGACUAGUUUCUAAGAUGCCUUUUACCCUGUUAAAUUUAGGAUAAUCUGACUGUCUCAAUCAAAUUGUAGCAUUAAGAAAUCACUCAAGCAUUAAUUGUUUUUACAAUUUCCAGUUACAUUAUCGUAUAUAGCAGUCAGAUACCAAUUCCAAUCCAAUAUAAAUUGCUGGUCUUGAUUUACAUUUCUGACUCUUCUUUUCCAUUUAAUUCUGCCCCUCUCUUAGGGAUCAAAGCAGGGAUUUGUUUUUUAAUUUAAGGCGCUCACACUGUGCCACACUAAUGUUUGAACAUAUUCUGAGAAAGUUGAGACCCAAUUUGAAAACCAAAUAUUGUACCUCUCAUUAAAAAAAGAAGGAUUUUCUUUCUUCUGAUAACAUUCUGUUGAAUUCUGUUAAAAAUGAGGCUGGCACUCAGUAUUGGGUAAAAGAUGGAUGGAAGAUUACUGAUGUCUCUUUGUUGUUGUGACAAUGUUAAUCUUUUUUAUUCAAAGGGCUGGAACUUCAGCUUUUGCCUUUUUCACAUCCCAUGAUGUCAAAGCUUUUGCGCUCAUUGUUUUCAUAGUCGCCUGAUCAGAUUUUGAGUCCCAAAAGCUGCGUCUGACUGGUGUUCUGCUUUUUGGUAUGUUUUCUUUUUGUAUGAUGAAUAUGUACGUGCCUCUAUGCAUGUCUUUUGGUAUAUACCGUGGAUAUUAAGUGUGUGAAUGUCUAUGAAAGCUUAGCCUUGCACUUCUUUCUUAUCCUGUAAAUAAGCUGUCUUUCUCUUGAAAGUCAUUUGCAUCCCAUUUUGUCUCCACCUAAUAGCACUCAGAACUGAAUGCAUCUUUUCUCUGGUGGAAUACAGCACAUUCCUGUUUUGAUGCAAAUGCUGAGUGUGUUUUGUGUUGAGUGUCCUGCUGCCUAUCAGACUUUAAAUGGCUAUGAAUACAUCAUUUUCAUACUGAUGCACUGUUAGACUGAAGAUGUUUUUUUUCUCUCUUUGUUUGAUGACUUUUGUUAUAAAAGAAUAUCACAGAUAUGGCUCACUGAUAAUGUUGCUUAGAUUUUUACCUCACAAAAUCUUUAAAUGUCAGAAAUGAUCUAUAUUCAUUAGAGCACUCUGUGUUCAUGAUGGUGUUAAAUGUGCCAAUGAAUCUGUUAUUGCUUCAGUGAUGGUACUCCUGAGAGAUGAAUUCAGAGUCAGUUGAUUUAAAUGAUGUCUUGACCUGACUGCAAACAUGUUACUGGUGAGAUUUAACCUUGACGCCCCUUAAUAUGAACUCUCUAAAUGUUGACUUUGGCAUUACUGACCUGGUCUCAUCAUGCACUGCCUGAAUUCAACACUGUAUAUACUGUAGCUGACAACACUGGCUAUGUUUACAUGCAUGGAGGCAUCUGCUGUGAAUGUGGUUAUUCUGGUUUUGUUAGAAUUCGGAAUAACCCGCAGAAACCUCUGCAAGACACCUCCCUUGUUGUGCAUGGUUAUAAAUUUGUUGGCAACAAGACUGAGGCUCUCAUGCAGAAGGCUAAUUUUGUACAUGUAAUCUAAUACUUUAUUGAAAGGCUUUGUAACAGGCUAAUGAUAUCCAAUUGGCAAAUGAAGCCUGCAUUUCUUUCACCAGCCCUGCCUAUGACAUGAGCUUAUUGUCCAAAAAAGAACCAAAAAUAUUUCUACUGGGAUGAUGAUUUAUGUCCCAUGAGGACAUAACCUGGAUUUGUUCAAUCAGGACAGGAGUAGCUGGAAUGUGACAAAUAUUUUUUCUAAAUAGAUUUUUUUUUUUGUCAAACAAGUAUACUCUACUGAAUUUGUGUGUAAACGUAGCCUCUGAUGCCACCCAAGGUUUUCCUUUAUCCCUUUUAAUGAAAGCAGGGUGAAAAGGACCAGAAUGUCUUUUGCCUCUAAAAAAAAAUGUGACUGACUGU